CAUGGCGCCGUAGUCCUCAUUGUCCUGACAAGCUUUCAACCCUCGACAACUCUAACCUCGUCUCCUGCCAUCAAAAUAUCCCGGAGUUUUUAUUCCUUCCCUUCUCAGAAGGAAUAUGGCAGCUAAAAGGCUUCAUAACGAUUCCGAGUAUGACAAGGAUCCACCGGAGGACAAACGGAUGCGUCGCCUACCUUCUUUCUCAACUGUGAUCAGAGAAGCUAUGAUGGCGAAGUCAUUGCAAAACUUCUUUAUGGCCUUGGAACCGUUGUUCCGCAAAGUGGUGCAAGAAGAGGUGGAUCGUGGACUAGUUCAGGGCACGCGUCUGCUUCAAAGGCCUUCCCAAAUGCAUAAUAUUGAAGCGGCUGAGCCACCUAGCAUGAAACUAAUCUUCAAAAGACAACCAUCACCUCCAAUCUUCACAGGAAGCAAGGUUGAAGAUGAGGAUAAUAAACCUCUCCAGGUCCUCCUUGUAGACACCUAUAACAAUGAAAUACCUCAGUCCUCACUUCCAUCACCUCUUAAAGUAGAAGUGGUGGUCCUUGACGGCGAUUUUCCUUCUAAUGAUCAUGAAGACUGGACAAGCACUGAGUUCCAGAAUAGCAUGGUUAAAGAACGAACAGGAAGGAGGCCAUUGAUUACAGGAGAAGUGAACCUCACACUGAGAGAUGGAACUGCUUCCAUCUCGGAUCUCACGUUUACCGAUAACUCGAGUUGGAUAAGAAGCAGGCACUUCAGAAUAGGUGCAAGAAUUGUGCCAGGGAGCUAUGAUGGACCGAAAAUUAAAGAAGCCAUGACUGAACCUUUCACAGUUAAAGAUCACCGAGGUGAAUUGUACAGGAAGCAUUAUCCACCAACUCUCGGCGACGAGGUAUGGCGACUAGAAAAGAUUGGAAAAGAUGGGGCAUUCCACAAGAGGCUAUCGGCUGCACGCAUCGACACGGUCCAAGACUUCUUGAAGCUCUCAGUUAUCAACCCUGAUGAACUCCGCAGGAUAUUGGGAGUUAAUAUGUCAGACCGGAUGUGGGAGGGAACACAUAAUCAUGCGAGGACCUGCCACUUGGGUGACAAGGUCUACUUGCACCGCGGACAGGAUUGCACCCUUCUCUUGAACUCCAUAUGUGAAGUUGUUGGGAUUAUAACUACUGAUGGCGUGAUGUGCACGCUUAAGGAUUUUAACAUAUCUGAGGAGGUCUAUGUACAGCAGCUUGUCCGAGAGGCAUAUCAGAACUGGGAUAAGUUGGAAGAAGCUGAUGGAUUAUUGCUCAAUGCCAACGUUCCUCUCCUUCAAAAUGAACCUGUUCACCAGGGUGGGAUGGAAUCAUUGCCUUGGUAUCCAGUAAACGCAGAAACCGCCGCAUUAGAGCAUCAAAUGGGGGGUUUUGAUGAGGCUGGAGCUCCUCCAAACAAUCUGCAACUUGGAUUUAGGGGUCCUGCCGGAAAUCCAACAUCCUCCACUUCUCCAAUUCCGUGGAAUCAUGCAUAUAUGGCAGGUUUAGGUGGAAGAUGACACGAGCACUUGUUCAGCCUUUCUAAAUUGGCAGUUAGGCUAGAAAGAAGCUGUCAAAUUAGUAGCCUUCAUGUACAUUAAAAAGGGUAUAAGAAGUUGAAAUUAUGAUCCUAUCAGCUGCCCAGAUUGCUUGCGUUGCGUACAAUAAGAGCAAGCUAAGAGAGCAAGAAGAGGCGCUUUUUCCGUUUUGUGUUCACCUCUGUUUCCCCUUUGUAUUUUUCUUUUUUCCACAUAAGAUUAGAUUUGGAGUAGUUUCAGGAUACAAGUGGAGUAGUGUGAUGUCCUUUACAACUGUUAGGACAUGUCUGUAGCAUUAGUGCUGUUCUCUCCCAUUUUGUAUGAAUUAAUGAAUAUUAGAUUAUCUACAUUAUCUCUCGUGCCAAAUUUAAUUU